AUGGAGCAGAAGCUGGAUGAGCUCCAGCUCUCGGACGAGCAGCGAAACGUAAUCGACGCUCUUAUCAAGGAGCAGGUCAAGAUCAAAGUAGAAGAAGCAGCAGCAGCAGAGCGCCCCGCAACACAGAGCGAGGGCACGCCUUCCGAAGGAGGCGACACCCGGCUGGAGAGGCCGGCUGGCUCGGAGUCAAGCCCGCGACCCGAAGACCAGCCCCGAUCGCCGGCGGACGUCAGCCUCAUCGACACCCUCGCGCGGGCCUUGCAGAGGGUCAAGAUAAGACCGGAGGAUGAAUACAGGGAAGUCCCAACCCCUAAAGAAACAAUACGUAUUAGCGCAGGGAACACGGAUGCGAAUAUCUCGGCAUUGAAGGUGGAGCAUGGGACGGAAGCUGUAGAUCGGGCGUUUAAGGCUUGGCAGCUUAUUAUAUCCAAGAUACAAGUACCGACGAUAGUCCCUGCAAUCCUAGAUAGUGGUAGCCCCACUGAAUCGUGGGAUCAAUUUCUCAACUUUUGCCGAGUGCACGCAGAAUCGGACAAGUUGGAGUUGCAGGGGCAGUGGUACUCGUUGAAGCAGCAAGUAGGGGAGGAGCCCCGGCGCUAUCUCACACGAGCAUCAGUACUUCGCCAGAAACUAGAAGCGUACGGUUGGGUGCAAUCCGAUCAUGAUGCUAACGUCCACUAUGUACGCAACCUUCUGCCCGAUUUCAAUGUGCAGAGGAGCGUGUUGUUGGCGCAUUCGGAGGUCAAGACGGAAUUGGUAGAGAAGGUGAUUCUGACUGCCUGGGCGGAGACGGAGGCCGCUAGGAAGAGGGCGUCGGAGAGCGUGUGGGCGUAUGCCCUCGUCACUGGCGGUGAUAACCGUGGUGGCGGGGGCGGGAACAUGGGGGAUAGGGGGAAGACGAGAGGACAACGGAGGACGGCAGCGCGGCAACAGCAGCAACAACCGCAGCAGCCACAGCAGCAGCAUCAGCCGUACUUCAAGCAGCAGCAACAGCGGGGUUGGGGAGGUCCCUCGGGCGGCCAAGGUGCGAGCUACGGCGGAAGGCACGGGCCCCAGCAUGGGGGCCGGGGCUUUUCUGGAGGAGGACGUCAUCAGCAGCAGCCGGCAGGAGGAAGAUUCGGGGGGCGUGGCGCCGCUUCCGGUGGGAGGGGCAGGGGCCCUUUCCACCAGGGACCGCCGGGCAGCAACCUCCCCGCCUACCCUGUACCUCAGCGGGGCUACGACUACAGCGCCUACCCCCCCCACAUGUACCACCCGCAGGGAAAUGAACCUCCCAUCCACCCGAAUGACCCUCGCAAGCGGUGUGAGAACUGCGGUGAACUCGGCCACAACCAUCUGUUCUGUCCUUCGCGUGUUGAUGUCGGAAGGCCAGCUGGCAUGCCGGCCGCCUACGCGCCGCCUAGGCCCCCACCGCCCCGGCCGCCGGCCGGUGGCUACAGCCAGCGGCCGCCGUGGGCCCACUCGUACGGGCAGGCCAACACCGCGCAGCAGUACGGCGGAGAAGGGGUCGAGCCAGGAGCAGCAGGAGCGACGGUGGCGAAGAUGGCAGCACCAUCUACGGGGGGGCAUGCAGUGACGCACGUGACCGGUGUUUAUCAGCAACCGGUGACGCACGCGAGCGGUGUGAGUGUGGUGUUUUCUUCCGCUUCUCAAGUGCCGCAUGGUAUGGAGUUGGUAGCUGUUCCCGGGCUGCCCUCGCCCGACAUCUCCAUUUUUCAGGAGAGUAAUGACGACGAUGACCGUGGAUGCAUUCCGUACACGGAGCAGGGAGAUUACGAGUGGGCUGUGUACCUAUUGGAACAAAGAGAGGUACCCGAAGACCCCUACGAGUUGUUAGACUUGAUGUUUGAGGCUGGAUUUGCAAAUGUCUUCGAUGAUGUUGCUUUCGCUGUCCCCGUCAUGGCCCCGGGCAAGCGCCCUUUUUCGGCGAAGGAGACGAAGGCGGGCGUGCCUCACCAAUCGGGCACGCGCGCGGAGCGGCCGCACGAUCUUUGGCAUAUCGACCUGUGUGGGCCGAUGACGGCCUCGCUGGGGGAUUCGUUUUUCAUGAUCAUGUUCGUGGACAGCUUCUCGCGGUGGAUGAAGCUAUACGGGAUGAGGCGCAAGUCGGACAACCUCGCCUUCGUCAAGAAGUUCCUCGCCGACAGGAGUGGCACCGGUGUCCCUCGUUCUUUCCGGAUGGACAACGGGGGGGAGUUCGUCAGCCGCGACUUCAUCGCCUUCUGCGACAACGCCGGCAUCCGCCGUACGUACACGGCGCCGGGCACCCCGCAGCAGAAUGGUCCGGCGGAGAGUGCGAUUUGGCGCGUGAACAAGGCCGGCCACGCCGCUCGUCUCGAGGCACGCCGCCUGUUCCCCAAGAUCGACUUCACCCGCGCGCGCUGCCUGUUCCCCAAAAUCGACUUCACCCGCGUCCCCGGCUUCGGACGCGAUGGCGAGCGACUUUGGCUAGAGUCGUGUCACUGGGCUGCCGGNAAGAUCGACUUCACCCGCGUCCCCGGCUUCGGGCGCGAUGGCGAGCGACUCUGGCUAGAAUCGUGUCACUGGGCUGCCGGCGGCUUCAACCGUUCUCCGACCAAGGCAAACGUCGGGUACAAGUCGCCGCACGAGCUCUUCACCGGUCGCCCGCCACCGCUCCAGAUCGUCCCGUUCUUGCAGCCGGGGUAUAUGCGUGUGACGCGCGCGAGGAAGAUGGAUCCCCAUGCAGUGCUGUGCUGUUACCUCAACAACGGCGACAACCAUCACGAGUCGGUGGUCAAGGUCCUCAAGUUCGCGACGGGGCGCGUGUGCAUGACGAACAACGUCGUGUGGGUCUCCGACCGCGCGCCGUUGCUGACCCCGCCGCUGGAGCUGCCGGCGCCGGCGGACGAGGGGGGAGAUUCGAAUGUCGCCGCCGCACCGUUUCUAAUUGAGUAUAUUUCACCGCCUCUCUUACCCCCCUCACCGUAUGCCCGACCUCCCACUUCACCCGCUGCCAUACUCUCACAGGCGCCGCCGGCAACUUCCACACCACCAUCGCCGGCGGCGCCGUCUACCGCAGCCACACCACCGCCACCGGUCACCGCGCCGCCUGCAACGCCGCUCGCCGCCGCGCCACCGUUCACCACCACCGCGCCGCCUGCAACGCCGCUCGCCGCCGCGCCACCGUUCACCACCACCGCGCCACGUGCACCGCAGUUCGCUGCCGCGCCACCGUUCACCACCACCGCGCCACGUGCAACGCCGCUCGCCGCCGCGCCACCGUUCACCACCACCGCGCCGCCUGCAACGCCGUUCGCCGUCGUGCCACCGCCUCUCGCCGUCGCGCCGCCCGAUGCCGCGCCAUCGACCAACAAGCCGCCGCUCACUACGAGGACAAUCCGUGAACUGGACGUGGACCGCGGGGACAUGAGGGUUUCUGGGCGCACGAGGGCAGCCGCCAAGAACCAAGGGGGGGGCGGGCGUCGUCAAUGCCGCCCCUCUCUGCCAGGGCCAGUCGAUAGCUGGACUUGGGACGAGAGACGCGGGUGCCAGGGAGAUUGGGGGGUCGGGGGGGACCUCAACACCAUGGUACCGGUGAAGAAUCUUGGUGACUUGAGGUGGUACUCUGGAUGUUUUUAUGAGAGAGAUUGGGAUGCAGGAACUUUGAAGAUCUCGCAGCAGACGUACGCUGAAGAGUUGGGGAUGGAGUUUGGGGUAGAGUACGGGAAGGAAAUUCCUCUUCCUGUAGGGUUGAAGCUUUCAGAGUUUGACCAGGAUGAGGAAGUGGUAUCAUGGCCUUUUCGUGAGCUGAUAGGAUCAUUGAUGUGGCUGGCAACGCAAACGAGGCCAGAUAUCGCGAAUGCAGUCUUGGUAUUUUGGGGGUUGAGCAUGGAGGUGUUCGCAGACGCAGACUAUGCAAGCAAGGCUGCCGAUAGGAGGUCUGUGUCAGGAGGCUUGGUGAUGUGUGGGGGGGGNCAGAACCCGAUUAGCAACAGCAACUCGAGGCACAUCGACGUAAGGCACCACUUUAUCAGGGAACUGGUAGGCAGGAAGGAGAUUUCGAUUUUUCACGUGGAAUCGGCGUAUCAACAUGCUGACUUUCUCACGAAAGCACUUCACGCGGGAGAUUUUGAGUUUCAUCGUAACUACGUGAUGAGUAUGGAUUAAUAUCUUGGUGUUCGGGUUUAUUUUGUGUGUGAUCAAACAACUGGGGUGGCAACAUUUUACAUUUUUGCCUAUGGUUUUUCUCAAUGGAUGAUGUUCUAGGCUGGGGGGCAACAAGUUCACUGAAGUUCGAAGAAGUAUAACUGGUNGUGGAAAUAUAUUUCUAGCCCAGAUGGCUAUUGUUGCAGAUUUGAGUUGUGUUUUGGAUUAUUUUCUUGUGUUUUNGGUCGGAGAUUUUGAGUUUCAUUUCGUGAUGAGUGUGGGACAGGAAUGGUAGAUUUUGAAUUACUUGUGUUUGAUCAAAGAACUAGGGUGGCAUUGUCUUACAUUUUUGCCUAUGGUCUUCUCAAUCAAUGGUGCUCUAGGAUGGGGGGCAAUUGGAUCGCUAUGAUUAUCGAAAAACUACAACUGGAAUGAUCGGGGGUGGAAAUAUAUUUCUAGCCCAGAUGGCUAUUGUUGCAGAUUUGAGUUGUGUUUUGGAUUAUUUUCUUGUGUUUUGGAGUUACUGAACGAUCACGACGACAUGGCAUAGUCACAAGCAGGGGGGCUGAUAGA